GUGAUCAUCGCCCGAUUUGCAGCUGCCCACAGAUAGAUCGGCCAACGCAACCAUAGGCAGGACUCCAGCCUCUAUGACUUCCACGCAACCAGGUGGUCAUCUCUGAUCUUCCCUUUCCAGGCUCAUUCAGCCUGCUCUGACUGCUCUGACUGCUCUGACUGCUCUGACUGGUCCGACUGAGACUUUGAGUCCUACAGUUUGACAUGUCUCAAAUGUUCCUGUUUCUAACUGCGUCGAACUUGGCGUCGCCCUGGGUGAGACCUCAAUGAUGCCAGACUAAACCAAAGUGAAACUCUGAGCGACUUACUCUUCCCCAAAGCAUAAAAGCGGGACGUUUUCUGCCUCCCUAGGGCCAUCAUCAUCACCUUCGUCGGUUGCUUCACAACUCCUGCCUACAUCUACACUUACUCAUCUUCGAUUCUAUCCACUUGACUUCAAAAUGGUUCGCUUCUCGCAAUCUUUGACCACUGGGGCGUUGGCUGCCUUAAUCGCUGUCGAGGCUGCUGCUCUACCUGCUGGCCAGCAAAUGAUAUUUGAAGGUGCUCCCCACCAAACGCUUCGCGGCAUGCGUGUUCGUAAUGGCGCAGUGCCAAGUGCAAAUAAAGCUCAGUCCUGGAGCUUGAAGCGCGAUCAUGUUCAUGACCAUGAGCAUGUCCACGAUCACGGUCAUGACCACGACCACGACCACGACCACGACCACGAUCAUCACAAGCGUACUCCUCAUCAUCACCACCAUGAUGAGCAUCUUCAUGAGCAUGUCCAUGUCCACCGACGUGACCACCAUCAUCAUCACGAUGAGCACGUACACAAGCACGUUCACAUUCACGAACGCGACCAUGGACACCACCAUCAUCAUCAUCAUCAUCAUCAUCAUGACAAGCGAGAGGGGACCUACAUUGUCCACUCACACGACAGUCGUCCCAUGAUUUCUUUUUCGCUAGACGUCGAGACGACCCCGUAUCACCAUCUUCAGACUAGGGGACUUCUUGAUCCCAUUGCGGACAUUUUGGCUCCAGUGGGCCCGUUGUUGCAGAAGUUGGCUCCAGCGCUUAGCGGCCUUCCAUGUGUUGGAGGCAUCAUCGACAUACUCACGUCAACCAUUAGUAGCGUCGGUGGUGAAAAGAUCGGCGCUCUUCUUGCUGGGAAACCCCUCCCUAGUGCGGCAUAUGUCACUAGUGGCUCUGGUCCUCAGUCGUUCGCAUAUCAGAUUGACGCGUCUGAUACUACGCCAGCUACCAUGUUCCUCGCUAAGCUACCUUACCAGCUUAACAACCCGACUUGCGCCAACUCUACGACAAUACCGGUUAUGGUUGCUAUCCCUAUCAUCAACAACAAUACUCUCUCGGUGAUGUGUGCGACUUAUAACAGUACCUCGUCCUCUCCCUCUGCGCUUACUGCCCAACCUUGCCGUAACUUCACCGCACCUACUGUUGUAAGCCAAGUUUUGGCAUACAACCAGCUUACGGGCAUUUUGCGUCCUUUGUGGAAUGCUAGCGAGACUCAACAUUUACCUGGUUGCGUUAAGAGCACUGCGUUUUCUACUCUCACUGCUGGCAACUUGACGACUGGCGGAAGCCAAGCCGUUGAGAUGGUCUUCGUGCCUUCGACGGAUGGUCAGUUCAACUUUGUCCCUUCAGGGAUGCCUGCAAACCGGACCUCAAAUGCGGAUGCUGACGACGAGACGGCCGAGGCCACGAGCGAAGAAGAGGACGCUUGAGCUCCGCAUGACCCCACCCCCACCGGACAUUUAGCUUCUUUGUGUUAUCUUCUUAUCUUUAUUUGCACUGUUAGACUUCUUCUUCUAGACUUCUUCAUCGCUAGGUAGAUUCCAUGUUUGGGUUCUUGUGCAGAUCUGUUUGCAAAGCGAAAUAGAACUUUGUUCAC